AGCGUCGCGCGGUGCAAUUAUGCAAGAACUGUGAUCGACCGAGCAAGGAAACAGUGAACCCCACGUGGCCGUGAAAGAGGAAGAGGGAGGAGGAGUAACCGGCGCUAGACAUGCGUCUUCGAACGUGAAUCACGGUCAGAAGGAAAACACCGUUUCCCCGUGAACACGGUCUCCGUGAGCGCGCACCGCACCGCGUCGAGACGACGAGCUCUCUCGUGAUUUAUCGCCAGGAGAAAAGAUGACCGCCUCGCCGAACCAUUGUUCACCGUCCCGGUCGUCCCUCAGCUGCUGCCAGGUCGAUCACAAUAGCCACGACGAUGUCCACGGUGCCGCGAUCGUCUCCAAAGAGAACUAUUACCUGAAGGAGAAGCACUCGUUCCCGAAAAGGCCGGAAGUCGACGUGGCUUUCCAGGAUCUGCGAUUCACGGUCACCCAGUGGAGCAUUCAGAGCAUCCGAACCAUCAAACCGACGUACAAAGAAAUUCUCCAUGGCGUCAACGGGGAAUUCAAGGCUGGCGAACUGGUCGCCAUUAUGGGACCCUCCGGCGCCGGAAAGUCCACUUUGUUGAACGUAUUAGCCGGCUAUACAGUGAAGGGUGUCAGGGGGACGAUCCUGGUGAACGGCAAGCCUCGGAUGCCGUACAGCAACGGAUGGAAGAGGACGUCGUGCUACAUAAUGCAGGACGCGCUGAUGAGGACCAGGAUCACCGUCGGCGAAGCCAUGACAUUAACCGCGCACUUGAAGCUCGGCUAUACGAUCAGCGCAGCCUACAAGCACACCCAAGUUCUGGAGCUGUUGGAGAUCUUGGGUCUGAGUCAUUCCUACGAUACUCUGUGCGGGAAAUUGUCAGGCGGCCAGAAGAAGCGGCUGGACGUCGCACUCGAGCUUUUGAGCAAUCCUUCAGUAUUAUUCCUCGACGAGCCGACGACAGGUUUGGACUCCGCGUCCUGCAGUCAGUGCAUAGCGCUUCUGAAGCGUCUCGCGAAGAUAGAGAGGCGCACGGUGAUCUGCACGAUACAUCAGCCGAGUGCAUUGUUAUUGGAGAUGUUCGAUGCUAUCUACUGUGUCGCCAGCGGCUACUGCAUUUAUUCGGGUCCGGUGAAGUCGUUGCUGCCACACAUGUCCUCCGUUGGCGCCGAGUGCCCGCCCUAUCACAAUCCGGCCGACUUUCUGAUAGAGGUCGCGAUCGGCGAUUACGGUAUCACCGUCGAGAAAUUGGCAGCUGCCGCGGAGUCCAUGUGCCAGGACGAUAACGCAGUGAAAACGUACCCGUUAAAGGCAGAUACAGACAAGAGACAAGAACCACCUCCGCCGGCAGGAUUCCUCGCGCAAUGUUACCUUCUCUACAAAAGGCAUCUGCUCUGUCUGAAGAGGGACUACACGUUACUGGUGGUGCGUCUUCUCUGCCACCUGCUUAUCGGAGUGAUCUUUGGCUACCUGUACAUGGGAAGCGGUUACAGGGCGAACGGCGUCCUGGCCAACUACGUUUACAUUUACGGAUCCUUGUUGUUGCUCGUGUACACGGGGAAAAUGGCCGUCACCCUUGCCUUUCCGCAGGAAAUGCGGAUUCUCUCGAGGGAGCACUUCAACCGGUGGUAUCGAUUGGGGCCAUAUUACAUCAGCAUGCUGCUGGUGGAGAUACCGUUCCAAGCGGCUUGUGCAACGACCUAUUUGAUCGUCAGCUACUGGCUGACGGGACAGCCGAUCGAAACAGCUCGUAUCCUUUCCUUCAUGGUCUUUAACAUAGCCGCCAGCCUGACGGCUCAAGCUUGGGGCUUCUUCAUCGGAGCUACCACACCGGUGAAGAUUGCCGUGUUCGCGGGUCCCGUACUGGCAGUGCUGUUCUCGAUCUUCGGGUUCUGCAUCCGUUACAUAGACACGCCGUUGAUGUUCAAAUGGAUGUUCCAUAUAUCGUACUUCCGCGCCAGCUUCCACAGUCUUCUGCAUACUCUCUACGGUUUCGGCCGGAUGGACCUGAAGUGCGACGACUUCUACUGUCAUUACAAGAAGCCCACGCAAUUCUUAAAAGAGAUGGACAUCGUUCACACGAGCGUCGUCGACAAUCUUAUUCUGAUCGUCGGUAUCGGUGUGCUGAUGCAUUUGCUGACGGCGAGCGCGCUGUGGUGCAAGCUGAACAGAAGAUAAAAUCUACCGGAUGCCGAUCUCGGUGUUCCAGUAUUGCUGUUAGUCAGUGCUCUGUAAACAGAGACGUGCUACGAUGCUGACAGUUUCUUCAGGAUCGUAACGAACAAAUUGAAGAGGCGACGAAGGUGGUUCACACGCAGGACGAAAACUUUAUUUAUUUCGAUGUGACAGAGGAGAGAUAAUUGGCGUUCGAAAUUGUUCUACAA